AUGAAUACUGAUACAAGUUUGGAUGAACAUAAAGACCCCCAAAAUAAUAAUAAUGCUUUAGUGAAACUAAUAAAGAAAUGUACUACAUUUUUAUCAGCUGGUGAUGAAAUUCAACUGAGACAAAAAAUUAUUGAUUUGAAUGGAUUGUAUGCAAUGUGGAAUAGUGAUACUGAUGAAGAUUAUCCGGCCGGAGUGUACGCGGCCGUCGCGGAAAUGUUCGCGUCCAACGUUUUCCGGCCGCUGCCGCCUUCGUCGUACAUGGCGGCCGACGACGACGAGUGCGGCGUGGACGGCGGCGGCGGCCUCGGUGGCGCCGCGGAGGACCACUCGGCCGCGGACGCCGCGGCACUCGAGUUCCAGCAGACGGCCAUGGCGUACCAGACGUUCCGGUCGUUCGUGGACAGGCUGGCGUUCGACGGCGACAUGGCCGGGCCGCACAUGGGACGGCGGUUCGCGGGCGGCCUGGCGCACCGGCUCAACGCGGCCGACAUGAACGAGCGGCUGACGGCCCGCGACACGAUGAUCCGCGUGCGGGAGACGUGCCCGCAGGCCCAGGCGGGCGUGCUGGACGCGGCCGUCGACGAGCUGGCCGACUUCGCGUACGGUUACGCGCCGCGGCACAACGGCGUCCACGAGCUGCUCGACUUUGUCGCCGACACGGUCGUCUACACGGACGUCUCGCGGCCGGCCGUCGAAAAGCUGUCUAGAGUUCUGUUACGUUUACUCAAACACCAAUAUUUGUAUUCAUUCAAGACCAAGUUAAUCGAAUGUAUAAGAGCUUUAGAUAGUCAACAUGAUGGGUUGAUUCCUAAAGUGUUGGUAUUCAUCAUGGACAUCUGGAAAAGUCAUAAUGUGAAAACCAUUGUUUUGCUGCGCACAAUGGUCGAGUUGUACGAAUGGUGCAACAAGGAAAAUUGGAUUAAAUUGCAGUUGCCGGUUGUUUGCCACAUAUCUAAAUUUUUCAGUGACUACGAUUUUCAGCUGGCCGAGGAAUCUAUGAAUUUCUGGAUUAGAAUCAUGCACGAAAACAUUAAAUACUGGCAAGGCAGGAAAGACGAUGUCAGAGUCGUCGUAAACGCUUUGAAAAAGGUAAAACGAACUCACUGGAACUCAGAUUGUGUGAGCAUGGCAAAAAACUUGUUAAAAAUAAUGGUAAUGAAAAAUGUGAUAAAAGACAGCUGCGUGGAAGAUCCGGAGGACAUGUUCCAGGAAGGGAAGUCUAAAGUGAUAAACUAUUAUGACUACAUAUCCCAGAAAAUAUUGAAACCACUAGUAAAUCAUUCCAAAUCAACUGUGUAG